CAUGCAGUGGUAUCUUGCACUACUGCUCUUUGCAAUUGCACUACUCUGUGACAGUACGUUUAGCCAGCUAGGCAGUGGCAAUAUAACUGCAUUGAACACAAGGACUUUUGUGAAAAAAGAUUGUGAUGGAAUCAAAACAUACAUAUGCGAUUCUUGCACAUCACGAAGACCAUGUUUUGGUACUCAGGAAAUUGAAACCACCUUUACAUGUGGUACAGGACUGUUCUGCAUAGAGGGUACGGCAGCUGAUCGCUGCGGUCCGACACCAUCGGAAGCUUGUAUAACAUCAUCCGCGAGCUCAUCCUUCACAUGCACUGCUACAGGGCUUUUUCCAGAUCCUAACAAUUGCAACUACUACCAUGUGUGCCUAGCGAUUAGCGAAGCAUCCACCGUAUACAGAUGCCCGCCUGGAUACGUUUUUGACGUAGUGACUUCCUCCUGUAUUCGUCAACUGUCGGCAGCUAAUUGCGUUACUGUAACCUGUCCUGUUGGAGCUCCUCGCUACGUUCUCUACGGCACAAGUCGAGUAUAUUACGCCGUGUGUAACGGUGCCAGCCUACCUACUCAGGUAUUAAGGUGUCCGAACGGUGCACUAUUCACGUUCUUUUCAUCGAGUACACUUUUCGGUGAAUGUGUGUACACAUGCUCAGGACAGGGUAAUUAUGCUAACAGUAAUAAUCCUGCUUCUUAUUUCCAAUGCUACAUUUCAAACGGUCGCAUAGUGUACAACGAACUCGAUUGCCCAUCAGGCACCAUAUUUAAUCAAACCUUGCGAUAUUGCACAAGGCAGUAAAAUUGUUUCCUUGACUGUUUUAGUUCUGGCAACAGAAAUGCCGCUAAUGCUGCGUUAAUGUGAUGCGACGGUGAUUGUAAUGUAAGAUAAAUAUGUUUCUGUUUUGAAUAACUGUGAAUAAAGUUAUUCGUGGUUGUGUCCAUCUCUUCCACCAUAAAUCCUCCAUGUAUUUGUACACAAUAUGUCCUCUAAGACUAUAAUAAAAUAAACGUAAGAUACUAAUCUAGAGCUAGUAUAAUAAUCUCCCUUUUUUAAGCGAAAUAAAUAACCAAAUACUAGUUUUA